AUGGUGGACGAAGCCACGAAAAGCACGCUAGCCAAAAUACCGCUGCUCAAAACUAAAGCUGGACCUCGAGAUGGGGAAUUGUGGAUACCCAGGCUUAAGGAGGAGUAUCAGGCGCUAAUCCAGUAUGUUCAGAACAACAAGGAGAGUGAUAAUGACUGGUUUAGGCUAGAAUCUAACAAGGAGGGAACAAGAUGGUUUGGGAAAUGCUGGUACAUUCAUGAACUGCUGAAAUACGAAUUUGAUGUGGAGUUUGAUAUUCCGGUCACUUAUCCUACAACAUCCCCAGAAAUUGCACUGCCUGAACUGGACGGCAAAACUGCAAAGAUGUACAGGGGCGGCAAAAUCUGCUUAACAGACCACUUUAAGCCUUUGUGGGCACGAAAUGUACCACGGUUUGGUAUAGCCCAUGCUAUGGCACUUGGAUUAGGACCAUGGCUUGCCGUAGAGAUACCAGAUCUCAUCCAGAGAGGGGUGGUGACACACAAGGGUGACCAGACAGAGGAGAAAGGAGCCUCAAGCUGA